UUAUGCUGCUUGCUUUGUUCUCUUUUGUGUAUAAGAAGCGAUUUCAAUAGAAUGGGGAACCCAUGAAGCCCACUAAUCUCUUCAAAAGAAACGAUGUCGUUCAGAGGAACUCACCUAUGCAUCUCCACCUUCUAAACCCCUUCAACUCUGUUAGGGUUUUGAACGCAACGUACUGAAAUAAUCAAAUGAGCGAUGAUUCGCACCGCAAUUAAGCUGUCAACAUCAGCGACUACCGUUUAUCGAGUCAGUCGGUUGCUUCCGGGAGCCUCCUCCUAUGAACCCGUUCUACUCUCUGCCGCAGCACCGCCGUUGAGAUUACUCCAUGAUGGAACCGAUAUCAACCGCUCAAAUUUUGAUCCUGUUGUUUUUCAGAUGAUAAAUUACGCUCUCUCUCAUGCCAGGUCUCAGAAAGCAGAUGAAUCGUACGCACAAGGUUUGCUUGUGCUUGAGCAGUGCUACUAUACUCAGCCAAGUGAAGGCCGAAAUGCGCAAAAUUGGAGGGGAGCUGUAUUACUCGCUAUGUCUACUUUAUUAUAUGAAAGAGGGAAUUUAGCAGAGGCAAUAGACAAGCUACAGAAAGUUGAAACUUUAAAACAAUCUUCGCUUGGAGUAAGAGUUGCUGCUGUGGAAGCCCUUGUUGGACUCCAUUUACAGUUGGAGCAGGAUGAUACUUCGUCAGUGGUCGCAGACAAAUUCUUAGAAGUUUUGAGAAAACAGAAACCAGAAAGUAGUGGAGGUGAUUAUGCAGCUGUAAACUCUCGUGCUAAUGCAGUAAAAGGGCUGGUUGAGCUUGUCCAUGGGGAUAUUGAAUCAGCUGAAUCAUUCUUCCAAAGACUUGAAAUGAAUGUGGGUUGUACUGGCAGUGCUGCAUUAUCAUGUGGAGAAUACUUGCAUGUCAUGCGGAACUUUCCGUUGGCUAAGGAGUUUUACCAGAAAGUGAUAGAAGUUUUGACUGAGAAAAAAGACUUUAGUGAUACAAAUGCCUUAGGAUCAUGUAAUAUGACUUUGGAAGAAGCAUCCUUGGCAGCUACCUUUGGUCUAGGACAGCUUGAGGGACACAUGGGGAACUUUGGUGAUGCUGAGGAGAUACUGACGAGGGCAUUAACUAAAACUGAGGAACUUUUUGGCUCCCACCACCCAAAGGUUGGUGUUGUUUUGACUGCUUUGGCUCUCAUGUUUCGGAAUAAAGCAAUGCAAGAGCGUUCAAGUGCUCUUUUGGUUCAAGAGGGCCUUUAUAGAAGGGCACUAGAACUUCUGAAAGCUCCACCAUUGGAUUCUGAAGGUUCUGAGACAAAAGUGGAUAGAAGAGAUAUAGUGGCCCUUGCAAGAGGUGGAUAUGCAGAAGUGCUGCGUGUUCAGCAGAACAGAAAGGAUGAAGGGGAGAGAAUGAAAAGUUGGGCAGAAGCUACAUGGAGAAACCACCGCAUGUCACUGGCUGAGGCCCUGAAUUUUUCAGAGCCAUCAAAUCAAGUGACUGUUUUAGAUGCUCGAACCAGCCGGGCCAUGUAAUCAUCUUUUUCCGGGUUCAGUUUUUGUAGAUUGCAAGGCAAUAGAAAAUUUGCCACUAAACAAAUGGAGAGCUCAAUCUUCACAUAUUGUGGCAUGAGUUCUGCGCAUGGUCUCUUGCUUUAUUUAUGGACAAACCCAAUGGCAUCUCUCAUUUUUGUUGUCUGUAAUAUUCUUGUAUUAACUUGACCUCUGAAACCGUCAAACCGAAUUUCAUGGUGAAUAAUUUAGCAUUGUUUUAUUCUUUUAA